AUGCAAGGCCAAGAAGUAGUAGUAAGGGGUCCAAAGUGCCAAGACUGUGGGAACCAAGCCAAGAAGGAUUGUUCAUACUUUAGGUGCAGAACUUGCUGCAAGAACAAAGGGUUUCAGUGCCAAACACAUAUCAAGAGCACUUGGAUGCCUGUGGAUAGGAGGCGACAGAGUGAGGAACAGCCAUGUCCCACUACUAAUCCACCUGACUUUCAGCCCAACCAGAACCCAUAUUCAGGUUUAGAGCAGUUCAAAUUUCCAGCUACUGUGAACUCGACGGCGAUAUUUCGGUGCAUUCAAGUUCAUUCUAUGGAUGAUGCGAUUAAUGAAGUCGCGUAUCAAACAUCUGUCAACAUUGGAGGACAUGUAUUUACUGGUCUUCUUUUUAAUCAAGGCCCUGAUCGAAGCUUCUAUGCUAGGGGUGACAGUUCCACAGGCCUUGUUGAUCAGCAACAGAAUCUCAAUCAUAUCGAUGCUCCUUCAGUCCACACUAAUGAUGGUGCAACUAUGGCUCCACUAUCUGCCUCUGCUACUCAUGAUGACCCUUUUUUAUCUCCACCACUGUAUCCGUUUCCCCUUCCUCCCUUAAGGCCGGGUAUGCCAUAUUUCUCAAUACCAAGACCUUAG